AUAUUUGCACUGCGUCGCCUUUGAACUGAAUGAAAGAAGCAUAAGAGGAAAUAAUGUGUGUGUCCCUGUUCUCCCACACAUGAAACACAAGGAAUGAAAGCAAACGCAGCUCACUGAAUGUGUCACAGAGGUGUCAGCUGAGGUGCUCACAGCAGAGGGGUGUACUGUAUGGAGGAGGAGACAAAACAUGAAGAAAUGCUUUUUAACCUCACAACUCCAAAGAUUUCACCCUUACUCCCCAACCCUGGAUACAUAAUCGCCCCAUGUGUGAUCCUCAUACUGAUCGGAUGUGUUGUGGCAGUGGUUGCGUAUAUGAGGACGAAAUCAAGAUUGGAUGAACUACGGCACAGGCUGAUUCCCUUGUACAGCUAUGACCCUGCAGAGGCAGAAGACUGGAGGGAAGAGGGCAGGUCGGAUGACGAGGAGCUGACUGAACCUUUAUACACCGAGGGAAAGCUGUCGCUUUCUUCGGAUUAUGGAAUUUGAAAAGAAACGGUGGCCGACAGAGGAGAGAUUUCUUCUUUUAUUUGUAUGUUUUGUGUAGUAGAUCCUACACAGACACAGCAUGUCUGCUAUUUAACAAGCAUAAUAAAGAACAUCAUCAUCAUCAUCAAGCAAAUAAAUAGGAAAAUAGACAAACCUGUAAGAAAAUGUAAAAAUCAGUUCAUGUCAUACCACAAUUUCUUCCUCGAUAACAUGCUGAUGUCACAGCAGACAGUAGAUGGCAGUGUAACCCUGUUUUUAGUGUCAGCUGGAGAAUCAUGUAGUUGUUGUUUCAAACUAUGAAAUGUUUUGAAGACAAAAAUGUUCACUUCUAUGGGCAAUAAACUGAAAAACAGAA